GGUGGUGGCGGAAGCAACGUCCUCAGACCGUCCAACCUCUCGCUGCCCCUUUACAACAUCAUGGACCACAAGAAGCAACGCGCGAGUGGCGGACGCGCUCCCAGCGCCACUGCUCAGGCCAACAGCAGUCAGAUCAAGCACAAGCAACAACCACCAUCAGCUCAGGACGUGGAAUCGGAUGUGCUCACUCUGCUUGCACGCAAGUACUGGUCGCCAGCAACACCCGUGGACGAGCGCGCGCCGUUCGACCCGAUUGUCGUGGAAUCCGUCUAUCAGUCCGAGCUGGUCGCGUCCAACUUUUCCAUCAAGCGCACCAUGAUCCUGGAGCUCGGCCAGUACCUCGAGUGCUUUCUCUGGCCCAACUUUGACGCCGCCACCUCCAGCGAUCACCACGUCAGCUCCAUCGUCCUCAUGAUUAACGAAAAGUUCCGCGAGAACGUGCCGUGCUGGGGUGUGUUUGCAGCUCGCCCAGCCGACUUUGCCGCCUUCUUCCGACGAGCGCUUGCCAUUUGCCUCGGCGAGAGUGCAGAGCAGCAACCACAACAACAACAACAGCAAUCACAAAAAGACCAGCACCCCCUCUCCUUCCAAGAACGCAUCAUUUACAUUGCCUUCCUCGUUCGCUGCUUUAACAGCCUUGAGAACGAACUGGUGGGUGCCCAAAUCCAGCGCUUGGUAUCGCUCGGCACGUGGCACAACCUCCUGCCUGGCCGCUUGGAGGAAGAGUUCAAGGCCGUGCCAAAGCUGCGCAAAUACUGGCAAGUGUUGAAAAAGAAGGACGCCAAGCAGGACGCCGCCGGCCGAGCUCUGCUGGCCGAGCAGCGCCGAUUCCUCUUUGUCUUGAUGAAGCAAUUCCUCGCCGUCCUCGCCAGCAUUCCCGAAGAAGGGCCCGUGCCCGGCGGCGUGUGGGCAGUGCGGUAUUGCGAGCGCUUCCUCGAACUCUUGAUUGAUCUGGAGGCGCAGCUGCCCACUCGCCGGUAUUUCAACACACUCAUGAAUAGUGCGCACGUUGUGACGCUUGCCCAGCUCAGCGCGUUACCCAAUCGGAGCAACGGCACGCUGUUUGCUCAGCUCCUCGAUACGCUCAAAUUCUACGCACGCUUUGAAAUCAGCGAUCACACCGGCGUCGCCCUCACCGACAGCGAGGUGACUGCCGCGCACUAUGCCCAAAUCGCCAAGGUCCAGCAGCUGGCCUUCCGCAACUUUGACGAACUGCGCGAGUUUGCCCUGCUGAACGUGGGCGCAGUGGACACGCGCGCAGCCCUGUUCAAGCACUUUGACCGCCUGUCCGACGAGCGCCUGGUCGAGUUUGCGCAGCAGCUCCACCUGGUUGAAGACGCUGCCAACGCCUCGAGCGUGGCUGGCGCGUUCAACACCCGCUUCUUUUUGCUCGAACUGCUCGUCAAUCACCUCGAGCGGCGUCAGUCCCAAAUGGACAUUCUCAACGCCAUGCCACUCUACCCGACUGAAGCUCUGCUCUGGGACGAGAACGUGGUGCCCUCCGAGUACUUUUCGGGCGAAGGCUGCCUUGCGCUGCCCAAGCUCAAUCUGCAAUUCCUCACCAUCCACGACUACCUGUUGCGAAACAUGACCCUCUUCCGCCUCGAGUCGGCCUACGAAAUCCGCGAAGACAUUACCGACGCCGUCCGCCGCUUGGCCCCUCGCCGCGACGAGAACGGAGGCACGCUCUUCCAAGGCUGGGCACGAAUGGCGUUGCCCAUCUCUGCCUUCUCGGUUGUUUCGGUUGGUAAGCCCAGCUUGGCCGAGCGGCACCCAUCGAGCGUGCGUGCGGACGUCACCGUCUCGCUCGAAAACACACGCCGCGAGGCUUGGAGCGAGUGGGAAAAGUUGCGCAAGCACGACAUUGCCUUCCUCGUCACCGUCCGCGCCAAGCGGCCCGUGGGCGAGCGCAACCUGCCCGUGGCGUCCUCGGCGUCCUCGGCCGACAUUGCCGACGCGAUUGGCAUUCAAUACGUCCGCGGCUGUGAGAUUGAAGGCCUGCUGGACUCGCGCGGCCGUCUCAUCGACGAGUCCUUCCAGUCGCGCGAGCGCCAGCAGGAAGAGCGACACCAGUUCACGCGCCUCACCUCGCGCACCUUCCGCGUGUGGCUUGAUCCCAACCAAUACCAAAUCGAUGUCGAUGCUCUGACCGAGGGCGAGCGUCGUCGCAUUGAGAGCGCUGCCAAGCGCGCGGUUGCCGACCUCAACGGCAGCCAGCAACAGCGGCCCAGCAACGCGACCGAAAACGUGUACGACACCUUCAACAUUCUUGUGCGUCGCAAGCCUGAGGAGAACAACUUUAAGGCGGUGCUCGACACGAUUCGAUCGCUCAUGAACACGCGCACUGUCAUUCCUGAUUGGCUGCACGAUGUCUUCCUCGGCUAUGGCGAUCCGCGCAGCGCCUUUUACGCUGCCAUGCCCGAGCGCCAGUUGCGCACUGUCAACUUCAACGACACCUUCCUGACUCCCGCCCACGUUGUGAGCAGCUUCCCCCAGUACCAUGUCAAGUUUGUCGACGGCGAAGGUGCCGAGCUGGCUCACAGCGCAUGUCGUGCGCCAUUCAAGCUGACCUUCCCCGACCCCGCCACCGAUCCCACCUUGCGGGCGACGAAUGCGGCUUCCCAAGGAGGCGAGGACGACGCGGCCAAUCCUGCCGGAUCAUCCACCAACGCCAUGGCGACCGCAUCCGCCACUGCGACUCCUCCCUCGUUGCUCGUCACGCCUUUUACGCACGUCAAUCGCGGACCGUACCCGCGCGACAUUCCCAAGAAGAAUGCCGUGCCCUUCACCCCCGUGCAAGUUGAGGCCAUCCGCGCGGGCGUCCAACCCGGCCUGACGCUCGUUGUGGGUCCGCCUGGCACGGGCAAGACGGACGUGGCCGUGCAGAUUGUGUCCAACUGGUACCACAACUUCCCCGACCAGCGCAUCUUGCUUGUCACGCACUCCAAUCAGGCCCUCAACCAGAUCUUUGAGAAGAUUAUGGAGCUCGACAUUGACGAGCGUCAUCUGCUCCGUCUUGGCCAUGGUGAAGAGGAGCUUGCCACCACCAAGGACUUUUCUCGCUCGGGCCGAGUCAACUACAUUCUGGAACGACGCAUCGCCUUGCUUCAAGAGGUGGCGCGCUUGGCCGCAUCUCUCGACGUUCCCGGCGAUGUCGCCUACACUUGCGAGACGGCUGGCCACUUUCACUUGUACCAAGUCCUGUCGCGGUGGGAGGCCUAUGUCAGCACUGUUCGCGCCGCGUCGGCCAACAAGGACGCCAGUCCCGAGGCCGCGGCGGCCGCUGUUCGCGCCGUCUCGUCAAGCUUCCCUUUCACCGCCUUCUUUGCGGACGCCCCGCAGCCGCUGUUCCACGGCAAGAGCUUUGCCGAGGACUGGGAUGUCGCUCAGGGGUGCUGGCGCCACCUGCGAAAAAUCUUCCAGGAGCUGGAGGCGUUCCGUGCGUUCGAGCUGCUUCGCUCUGCCGGCGACCGCAUCAACUACCUGCUCGUCAAGGAAGCUCGCAUCAUUGCCAUGACGUGCACACACGCUGCCCUCAAGCGUCGCGAGCUCGUCGAGCUUGGCUUCAAGUUUGACAAUGUGCUCAUGGAAGAAAGCGCGCAAAUUUUGGAAAUUGAAACGUUCAUUCCGCUCCUGCUCCAAACGCCCGAUGCCAACGACGGCUAUUCGCGUCUGAAGCGCAUUGUCAUGAUUGGCGAUCACCACCAGCUGCCGCCAGUCAUCAAGAACAUGGCCUUCCAGCGCUACUCGAAUCUCGAGCAGAGUCUGUUUACCCGGUUUGUGCGUCUGGGCGUUCGCACCGUCGACCUCGAUCGGCAGGGUCGUGCCCGUGCCUCUAUCGCGCAACUGUACAACUGGCGGUACAAGCAGCUCGGCGAUCUCCAGCACGUGCAGGAGCGCCCAGAGUACCAGUCUGCCAAUGCCGGAUUUGCGUACGACUUCCAGCUCGUGGACGUGGGUGACCACAACGGCCAAGGAGAGUCCGAGCCGUCUGCGCACUUUAUCCAAAACCUUGCCGAGGCCGAGUAUGUUGUUGCGACGUACAUGUACAUGCGGCUUCAAGGCUACCCGCGCGAGCGCAUCACGAUUCUGACCACCUACAAUGGCCAAAAGGCGCUCAUCCGCGAUGUGCUGAACGCCCGCUGCUCGAACAACCCAAUGUUUGGCGACCCGGAUCAGGUCACCACGGUGGACAAGUUCCAAGGCUCGCAGAACGAUUAUGUGCUCUUGUCGCUCGUCCGAACCAAGACCAUUGGUCAUGUGCGUGACGUGCGUCGCCUGGUCGUGGCCAUGUCGCGUGCCAAGCUCGGUCUGUAUGUCUUUGCCCGUGCAUCGCUCUUCCAAGACUGUCUCGAGCUGAAGGAGGCCUUUAGCGUGUUGCAAACACGACCCAGCCGCUUGGCGCUGCUCCCGCAAGAGAGCUUCCCGACUCAACGGUCCAACGCUAGCGUCGUGGCAGAAAGCGACAUUACGUUUAUGGAGAGCAUGCCUGCCAUGGCCGACUAUGUGUACAAGCGUUGUGUUGACGCUGUUCGCGCGUUGAAUGGCGACAGUGCCGCGCAGGAUGCCAUGCCGCUGGCGUUGGAAGCCCCGCUUCCCACCCGCCCUCAAGAAACGGAAGGAGACGAGACAGAGGCACGGGACGCCCCCGACGAGCCUGCCCAAGCCGUCGAGGCUCAGCCAGACGAGACCCCCGCUGAAGCUGCAGUCCAGCCGCCUACGCCCAGCAAGCGCGCAGCCGCGCAAAGCAGCGACACUGCUUCUGAUGAGGCCAGCAGCGAUGUGAGUGCACGCAAGAAGGCGCGAGUAGAGCCAGAGGAGAAGGACGCCGCAGCCGUGUCCGCCGAGCAACCGGAAGAGGCUGAGGACGAGGCGCCGUUGGCAAAUGCAGGGCCAAAACACGUGUCUGUCGGUGGUCGUUCGCUCGACACACUUGCGGCCAUCAUGGAGCUGACCGUUGUCGACAUCAAGGCUGAGCUUUCGCGGCGUGAUUUGUCGACCUCUGGUCUCAAAAAGGAUUUGGCUGGUCGGUUGCAUGAGGCGUUGUCCAAGUGAAAGCUGACAAGGGGCUGUUAUAUUGUUUUUUGUUUUUGUUUUUGUUUUCCUCCCCCCCCCUCGCUUUCUUAUGUCGGUAAAAGUGUUUUGUUGUUGAGAUGGCGUGGCAUUGUCCAUGAACAAGAUUAAAACACA